AUGCCUCUGCAGCACAUGGAAGCCAUCCGGGCUGCUCCUACUCCGGCGUGGUCUGACAGCAUGCCAAAGGCAGAAGCUCAUGAGGAGCCGCAGGUUACGCUGGAGGUGGAAGAUUCAGCACGGGAACUUGAGAUUUACAAUCACUCCGUGCAGUGGACGUGGGCUGAUCCUGGAGAUCCAGGAAAUGAGUGGAGGCCCAAAGCGGUCCUGGCGAUUUUGGAUGAGGGCAAGGUGCGAGGCCAAUGGGGAAACCAUUCCGAGGAUGAUUGGAUGCAGGGCAAUCAGUACGAGGCUGGGGUCGUCUUGGGGGUCUAUAGGCUGUAUUGUCUUCGGGAUUUAUAG